AUGACGAGCUUGCAGUACAUGUCGGGAUUUGGAAAUGAACACGUUUCUGAGGAUCCACGCUGUCCGGGAGCUUUACCGGAGGGACAGAAUAACCCCCAAGUCUGCCCAUAUGGCCUGUAUGCUGAACAACUCUCGGGCUCUGCCUUCACCUGCCCCCGGCCCACCAACAAGAGAAGCUGGCUGUAUCGGAUCCUACCUUCUGUCUGCCACAAGCCAUUCAAACCUCUCAAGGAAGGCCACCUGACACAUAACUGGGAUGAAGUUGAGCCUGAGCCCAACCAGCUGCGAUGGAAACCUUUCGAGAUCCCGAAAGUCUCUCAGAAUAAGCUGGACUUUGUGAGCGGACUGCACACCCUGUGUGGCGCUGGGGAGCCCAGAGGCCGCAACGGCAUCGCCGUCCACGUUUUUGUCUGCAACACUUCCAUGCAGGACAGAUGCCUUUAUAAUUCAGAUGGUGACUUCCUGAUUGUGCCCCAGCAAGGGAAACUGCUCAUCACAACUGAGUUUGGGAAGAUGCUAGUGGAGCCAAAUGAAAUCUGUGUCAUCCAGCAAGGAAUGCGUUUCAGCGUGGAGGUGUUUGGAGAGACCAGAGGCUACAUCCUGGAGGUGUAUGGGGCACACUUUGAACUGCCUGACCUGGGGCCCAUCGGAGCCAAUGGGCUGGCCAACCCGCGUGACUUCUUGGUGCCCGUCGCGUGGUACGAGGACCGCCAAGUGCCGGGGGGCUACACAGUGAUCAGCAAGUACCAGGGCAAGCUAUUUGCAGCCCAGCAGGAUUACUCACCCUUCAAUGUUGUAGCCUGGCACGGGAACUACACGCCAUACAAAUACCACCUGGAAAAAUUCAUGGUCAUUAAUGCUGUUGCUUUUGACCAUGCGGAUCCUUCUAUCUUCACUGUCCUAACAGCCAAGUCAACCCGUCCUGGAGUGGCACUUGCUGAUUUUGUCAUAUUCCCUCCACGAUGGGGGGUGGCUAACAACACCUUCCGGCCACCAUACUACCACCGGAACUGCAUGAGCGAGUUCAUGGGGCUCAUCAAAGGCUACUACGAAGCAAAGGAGGAAGGCUUCCAGCCUGGAGGUGGCAGCUUGCACAGCAUGAUGACUCCUCACGGGCCAGAUGCUGACUGCUUUGAGAAGGCGAGCAAAGCCAAGCUGGAGCCUGAGCGGGUCGCAGAAGGGACCAUGGCCUUCAUGUUUGAAUCGUCCCUCAGCCUCGCCGUCACCAAAUGGGGCCUCCAGACCUCCAACUGCCUAGAUAAAAACUACUACAAGUGCUGGGAAACUCUGAAAAGCCAUUUCAAUCCCAAGUGCAAGUAAAGAAAAGUUAUUUCUUGCUUGCAAUGUGUGAGUGAAGGCAAGGAGAUCCAGCAUACCUACGCAUGGUGGCACAGAUGACUCAGGCAAUGCAGAGUGCUCCAGCACAGAAUGGCAUUUCAAGCAGCCACCAAGCCACACAAAUUACCAUCUCUAUGUAACUUGGGAAAUGCAGUAAAAAACCCACCACUGUUAUGAGCUUUCACCUAUCCAAUUAAAGCUUUUCUGGUGACACACUGAAGC